CGUACGAGUGAUGGACCCCUUGCUCAAAUUUUCCUGCUUUUUCCCAUCCUCGAUUGACUGCGACUGUGCUUAAACUUCGAUUCCAUCUCCUUGUUUCUCGGGGAAGAGGAAAAUGUAUUUACACUCAAUUUGUUGCUUUCACCAGCCCUAGAUUGGUUGAUUAUUGGUUGGAUAAAUUUGAUUGAUUGCAGCAUAACCAAUUAUACAACAAAUUUGUUUGUAUUUUGGUGACAGGUUUUCUGAGAUCAUUUAGUCUAUGAAUCAACUCAUAUCACAAAUCCAAAAUAUUCAACAGCAGGUUGGUUGAUGGCUAGAAAUGGUGCUUUCCUCAGAUCUCUGUAUGAUGGCAUGAAGUGUUCUUGUAAACGCCAUAAAUUCCAGUCUUGCAACUCUAUCAUGGACAGUUUGAGCACUUCGCAGUUGUUUCCUAGAUUAUUGGGUGUACACGUUCUUAGUGACCACUCUGUGAAUGACUGGCUUCCUCAAAGGUUUAUAGGGGACACAGGGAACAGAACUUUGUUUUCUCCAUCUUAUGCAGAUAGUGGAUAUUACAAAAGAGGAGUACUCUUAUCCCCAAUUUGUCUACUGAACCAUGCACCAGUGAAAGGUGUUUUAUGCUCUAGGAUGGACAAUAUUCAAAUUGGUCUAGGUGAUUAUUCCAUGUAUCACUCGUACUCAUCAUUUGUUGGUGGUAAGCGAGAUAACCAUAAAAAAUCAGACGUGCCAUCUGCCUCUAGUUCAGGAGAACCCAACAUUGAUGACAAUGGCAUUGGAAGUGACUGGGUUGACAUGGCCAAGAAUGCUUAUAAGUCUGCUAUGAAUGCAGCUGUGGACAUGGGAAGAAAUACAAAGGAAACAUAUGAUGAAGUCCUUCCCAUCAUUCAACAAUAUAUUGAUUCCUCUCCUGUUCUAAGAAAUACAAUUAUUCCAGUGGUUGGGACAACCGUUGCAACUGCAAUGGCUUGGAUGGUCAUGCCUAGAAUACUUAGGAGACUUCACAAAUACUCAAAGCAAGGUCCUGCCGCAUUACUCUCAGGGCGAUUGUCUCGUGACGAAGUUUCUUAUGAGCAAAGUUUCUGGGGUGCUCUGGAAGAUCCUGUACGAUAUCUAGUUACCUUUAUGGCAUUCUCACAAUUGGGUGUAAUGAUUGCACCAACUACUCUUUCUUCCCAUUUUAUCAUACAAGCUUGGAGAGGUGCUUUUGUUCUUUCAGUCAUAUGGUUUCUAUACAGAUGGAAGACAAAUGUCUUUACUCGUAUGCUUUCUUCCCAUGUUAUAACUGGGCUUGAUCGAGAAAGGAUAUUGGCUUUAGACAGAUUGUCUUCUAUGGGUCUGCUAGUCCUUGGAUUGAUGGCUUCAGCUGAGGCUUGUGGAGUGGCUGUGCAAUCUAUUUUGACUGUUGGAGGAAUUGGAGGAGUGGCGACUGCUUUUGCUGCUCGAGACAUUCUUGGGAAUGUUCUCAGUGGUUUGUCUUUGCAAUUUUCGAAGCCCUUUACGAUUGGUGACACUAUAAAAGCUGGUUCAAUUGAAGGACAAGUGGUUGACAUGGGAUUGACAAGUACAUCAUUAUUGACUGCCGAGAAAUAUCCUCUCACAGUGCCAAAUUCAUUGUUCUCUAGUCAGGUGAUUAUGAACAAAUCUCGUGCCCAUUCACGUGCCAUCGUAACUAAAAUCCCCAUCCGUAUUCAUGAUAUUGAGAGGAUUCCCCAAAUUUCACAGGAUAUAAAGUGCAUGCUUGAAAACAAUGCUAAAGCUUCUUUAGAAAAUGGGCCCCCUUAUUGUUUCCUUUCUCGUAUUGGACAUUCAUAUGCAGAACUGACCAUUGGGUGCACCUUCAGACAUAUGAGCAAAGUUGAGUUAUUCUCUGCAGAGCAAGAUGUGUUGUUGCAAGCAGCUCAAAUUAUACGGAGGCAUGGUGGUGAGCUCGGUAGUUCCCUGUAUGACGGAACCAACAAUUGAAGUCGAAAAAUAACUGCAUGAUCUUUUUAUCAAGGUUUAAUGUAGUUCAUUGUUCAUAGCUGCCACAUAUCUGAUGAAAAUGUUGCUAGAGUAGAAAAUUAAUGUUCAAUGGCAAAUUAUCAAGGAGAAAUUGAAUGAACGCUUAAUGGUUGUAUAGUGCAUGAGAAUUAUAUUGUUUUUGACA